ACCGCCUUCCAAAUUUCAAGUCAGUUCAUGGUUGUUAUUUUGAUACUCUAUUUUCUGAUUCUCUUUCAUUUUCGCACCACUUUGUUGUCGUAUGGUAGAGUGACUUUUUUAACACUUUCUCUUAAUUUUGACCCCGCCAAUUAAAAGAUAGAUUGGAGAUUCGUUGUUGCUCAUUUAUAAGCAAAUUUUAAACGUUUUAACUUCAUAUUAGGCAAGUUUUAUCUCAAUUCGUUCUUAGAAAAAUGGCUAACGUCCUUCACCUUGCUUCAAAUGGCUGUUACGGAGUUAUGCUUCAUGGAGGAACAGAAUUGGAAGAUGCAGAGAUUAAAAAAAUGCUCCAAACUUAUGGCAAAGUUCAUGAAAUACAAAGAGGUGGUCCUAAUUGUUUUGUGUACUUCAAAGAAUAUGAAGAGGCCAGAGGAUGCAUCGACGCUUUGGCCUCUGAUCCCAAAUUUCAAGCACGACCGGCCAAGCCCAGGGAAACCAAAGAGAAAAGUGAUGUUAGAGAAACGAGGCCGAUGAGACGAGACCCGAGCAGAAAACUAAGAUCAAAGAGUGAAAUUAGGAAAGAGGACUUCGACAGGAUCACUUUCAAUACUGAACGUACAAAAAUUGAGAAAGAGAGACAUUUGACCUUUGCCCCUGAUUGCAUAGACGUAUACAGGAGAACGGAAAAUAGGAAGAGUACUACAACUGAUACAGGUGAUAGGCUUAAUAAAAGUCAGCGAUUUUCUAACAGUCGAACAAGCAAAGAAUUUCAAAGAAAUAGUGAUAAUGGACCGCCACAUCUCAUUCACUGUAUGGAUCUGUGGAUGGAUUUCAUAUUGAGAGAGUUCGGUAUUAGAAAUGCUGUUGAAGUGAUUCUAGGUAAUCUUCCCUUAUUGAGUAAUAUGCAGAAGAUUUACGCCCUUACAUCCACUUUUGUUGAUGUUAUUAACGUCGUAAUGGUUGAACGAGGUCAUAAUUACAGCCCGUAUGCAAAAGUUUUUGUAACGUCGCACGAUGAUGCUAAUAUAUUAAAACAGAGGCUGCACCAUCAUAUACUCGGGGGUAAAAGGAUAUUCGUCCAGUUUGCUGAAAACUUAAUAAUGUAAAUGCUAUUUAUUUAUAUUUGUUGGUUUAUUACUAGAAAACAUUUCCAUGUGUUUUAUUUUAAUAAAAAAGUAAAUGCAUUACUUAUUUACAUUUAUUUAGGCGUUUCGGGUAUUUACACCCAUAAUCAGCAUCUUAUAUUGUAUUAAAUUUAUAAUUGAUUAUUAUCCGUAUUAUAUUUUAAAAGAUAUGGCCAUGUUGCAUUUGCCGACAAGCCAUGGCCAAGAUGGAAGAAGGUUACCUAUCAAAAAGUCAUAAAGUCAUGUAAUUAAAAAAAGUUUUAUUUAUAUAUUA